UUCCUUCUAUUCACAACGGUUCUCUAUUUCUCUCAGAUCAUUCCAUUUUGUUCAAAUCAGGUGAAAAGCUAAACAAAUUCCAAUUUCAUCUUUCAGAGAUGACCUCCGUUCGUCUAGCUACAAGCAAAUGCAUGAAAUUGAUCAAGGCUGGUCUUCUCAUCUUCGGAAAUGGAUUCAAUACUUCCAAAUGUAAGACCACUGCAAAAAUGACGGUGGCAAGGAUAAAGCUGCUUAGGAAUAAGAGGGACGCUGUUGUGAAGCAGAUGAGACGUGAUAUCGCUUUGCUUCUCCAAUCCGGUCAGGAUGCCACCGCCCGCGUUCGUGUUGAACAUGUAAUAAGAGAACAGAAUUUCAUGGCUGCAAAUGAGUUUCUUGAACUGUUCUGUGAACUUAUUGUUGCAAGACUUUCUAUAAUUGCAAAACGCAGGGAAUGUCCGUUGGAUCUAAAAGAAGGAAUUGCAAGUCUCAUAUUCGCCGGACCUCGAUGCUCAGACAUUCCUGAAUUGCAGACAAUUCGUAAAAUCUUUGAGAAGAAAUACGGAAAAGAUUUCGUCUCUGCUGCAACUGAUCUCCGACCAAACUCCGGCGUCAAUCGCACGCUGAUUGAAAAGCUUUCUGUUAGAACCCCAUCUGGGGAAAUGAAAUUAAAGAUCAUGAAGGAGAUUGCUAAAGAACAUAAGAUUGAAUGGGAUACAACUGAAACUGAAAUCGAGCUUCUUAAACCUCCUGAACAACUCAUUGAUGGACCAACUGGGUUUGUUAGUGCCAACAAUCUACCUCUCAAACUUCCACUUUCACAGCCUACCACCGCAAAACCAUCCACCGGCGAGCCUGCCGACAAAUUCGUUUCCGUCAGCAUGAAGAAAGACGAUGAUUAUGAUGAUGAUGACUACAUGGGUUAUGAAGACACUGCGUCGGCGGCUCGAGCGGCGGCGGAGGCUGCAAAGAAGGCAAUAAACGCUGCAGAGGCGGCGGCUUAUUUCGCUAACAAAGAUGGUGAUAAACGUAGAAACUCACUACCGUCGGAUCAAAAUCAGGGAUCUGUAACAUUCCCAGGAUUAAGGGAAUCGAAAAGCUUUGGGAAUAAUCAUCAAUAUUCCAUUAACAAAGAGAGUUCAGAUUAUGCUGUCAGCAGAAGAAACAGCGACCGAUCGGACUUUUCAGGAGGUGGGCGGCGGCAAUCGGAUAUUAAGUUUGAUGAAUCGGAAGGGGAAGAAGAAAUUGAAAUGGAAGAGCCUGACCGGCCUGCACCGCAAGCGCCACCACCACCGAGGCAGGGAUCAACUCAUCCUCGUGUUCAUCCAAAAUUGCCGGAUUAUGAAGAUCUUGCAGCCCGAUUUGAGGCGCUUAAGUAUCGCCAGCCGCCGCCGCAGCCACGGUCGUAGGUUAUGUCUUCACUCUAUCUCUUUUGUGUAAGGUGGGUUAUUGCAGUGUUCAUUCUUUUGUUUUUUUUGGCAUAUUUGUAUGUUCCUUGUUAUGUCAUUUGGAAAUUGGUUUUUGUGUAUGUAUUUUAUUUCACUUAUACAUGUUUAUGCCAUAUUUGUAUCUCAAAUCA